AUCGUCAACCGGCACGGCCCGGCAGGCGCCACCCGCCGCUCGCCUCGCCUGCCCCCCACGUGCCGCCCGUGCGGCCACCCAUCAAUCCCUCUCCCCCUCCCCUCACGCCUCCCGCUCCGCCCACUCCACAUCGUCUCCCAUCCCCCACCCACCGCCGCUCCCCGCCCGCGCCCGCCAAAUGUCGGACGACGGCGGCGCCGGCGAGCCGCUCAGCGGCGACCAGAAGCGGGAGAUCGCCGUCUGGUUCCUCGCCAACGCCCCCACCGGCGAGAUCCACUACGUCGCCAAAGAUGUGCGGGCGCUGCUCGGGGACGACGCCGCGUACGAGGCCGCGGCCGCUGAGGCCUACCCGGAGUACAACAAGACGCACCUCGUCUCCCUCGAGCUCCCCGACCGCAGCGGCGAUAUAAUCAUCACAACUUAUGGGGAGAUUGACAGGAACAACUAUCUGGACCCUAGGACCGCACAAAUUGCUACCGUGGACCAUGUUAAGCAGACUUGUACAAAAUUGAGGCCUGCUACAGAUGAGGAGCUUCCUUCAGGAUAUAUUGAAGAAUUUAGGAAUGCUAUAGAUUAUGAAGUGUCCAAUUAUGUUGGUGAAGCUUAUCCAAAAGGUGUUUCUGCCGUUUAUUGUACCAAUGGAAAGGAUGUAGAGGAACCAGGAGCUGAUUUUGGUUUGGCAGUAGUUAUUUCUGCUGCUAAACGAAGCCCACGAAACUUUUGCAAUGGCAGCUGGCGUUCCAUUUGGACUUUGGAAUUCAGUUAUGCGUUUCAACUUGUAGAAAUUAAAGGAAAGAUACAGGUAGAUGCUCAUUAUUUUGAAGAGGGAAAUGUGCAGCUGGAUACUGACGUUGAUUGCAAGGACUCCACAAUAAUGCAGAACUUGAUGUUUUAUCACCUUAAACAUGGCCUACCAUUAAGUCUCUUUUCAAGCUCUGAAGCUCUAUUUUGGUUGUUGUAUCACUGCUUUAGUAUCCUUUGCUUGCAUAGUUGGACCCACAGCGCAGCUAUUAUAAAUUUUAGGUAAACUUUAUUCCAUUCUUCGAUAAUAUUGUUUUCUCGAACACUCCUGCACAUGCAAGUCAGUAUGUGUUCAUUUAUUUGCAUUCAAGAAACUUAGAAAUAUUAUCUUCACUUUACCAAGUCACUAUAUUGGUGCAAACUGUUCCAACAGACCAACACAAACCUAAGCUUUAUGCAAACUUUUUUUUGGGAAAUGAUGAACCCAUGGCAUAUUUCCUCUCCCAGAUUUUACUUUGCUGGAUUGUGUAGAUAGAAAUGACAGUUGCAAAUUCACCUCAUGACUAGCAUGUAAGAGAGAAAGCGUGGGUGGGGCAUAGUUACUCUUUUCCUUCCUAGUUAUUUUCUUUUGUAACUGGCUGUGGAGUUUGUGUGCUGCACUAUUCAUAUUUCAAGAGGGCAGGCCUGGUGCAGUGGUGAAGUCCUCCCACUUGUGCCAAGAGGUCCUGGGUUUGAACCAGCCUCUCUGCAUUGCACUUUGCAGGGGUAAGACUAGGUUCCAAUAAUCCCUCCCCAGAUCCCACCUUGUGUGGGAGCUUCUAUGCACUGGGUCCGUCCUUUUUUUUUAUGUGUACUCCCUCCGUCCCAAAAUAAUUGAAGUUCUAGUUUUUUCCCAAGUCAAACUUGCUUAAGUUUGACCACCUCUAUAGAAAAAUGUGCCGAGAUCUGCAACAGCAAAUACACAUAAUACGAAAAUAUGUCUUAAAGAAUCUUAAGAGACUAAUUUAGCGUUCUAAGUGUUAAUAUAUUUUUGUAUAGACUGGGUCAAAAAAUUAAACAAUUUUGACUUUGGGUAAAUCCAGAACUUCAAUUAUUUUGGAACGGUGGUAGUAGUAUCUUUGUGUCAUUCACCCAUUGAUGUGCCAUCUGAUCUAAAUCUGUUGUGCUGCCUUGAGUAUGCUUUUAGGAUAUUUAGUCAUGGUGCCGCCUUCAAUAUCCCUAUUUGCUUUCUUUGUCCUUAUUAUAUCUUCGCCAGG